UGUUGUUUAGGUACCUAGGUCUACAACAGAACGUGCAUGUUCAACCAACAAGUUAGGUACUGGUACUUUUACGUACUCAUUAUUUUAGUAGCGAGUUCAGUCUUCAUCAUGGAGGUUCUAUGCGCGACUGUUAAUCUGAAUCGUGUUCGCGAAGAAACCUAUUAAUGAAAUUUCAUUCAAAAGGACAUCGUAAUAGCGUGGAAUUGGAAUAGCCAAAAUGGCACAAACCGAGGGCUCUCUAUGGAAGACAUUGCUGCUGAGGAGGAACGUCGUGGCUCUGUUGGCUUUUUUGGGAUUUUUCAAUGUGUACACGCUUCGAGUCAAUUUGAGCGUCGCUAUUGUAGCCAUGACAAAAAAUUAUACUGUGAUUGCGGAUAAUGGGACCAUUACAUAUAUGCAAGAUUUCCCCUGGGAUUCCAAACAACGAGGCAACAUACUCGGCUCGUUCUUUUACGGAUACGUUUUAACGCAAUUGGCAGGUGGAUGGUUGGGUACAAAAAUCGGCGGCGCCAAAGUAUUCGGUACAGGAGUAUUCGUAACUGCCUUACUCAGUUUGAUCACUCCUUUCAUGGCUAAUUUAGGUAUCGGAGUCUUGAUAGCUGUUCGAGUCAUCGAAGGAUUCUUCGAGGGUGUCACGUACCCUUGCAUACACGCCGUUUGGGCCAGAUGGGCACCCCCUCAAGAACGCACCCGUCUAGCAUCGUUCGGAUUCUCAGGAAGUUUCUUCGGUACAGUGGUUGCAUUCCCAGCAUGUGGUUUCUUCGCUGAAAAAUUAGGAUGGCCUUCGACUUUCUACAUACCCGCGGUCGUAGCAAUAAUAUGGUGCAUAACUUGGUUCAUCUGUGUCAAAGACGACCCCGAAUCCGACCCAUGGAUCACAGAAAACGAAUUGAAAUUCUUACAAGACGCCUUAGGAGAUGUUAAAAGUCAACAGGUUACACACCCUUGGAGAGCAUUCUUCAGAUCAAUGCCAGUAUGGGCGAUUGUGAGCGCUCAUUUCUGCGAGAACUGGGGCUUCUACACGAUGCUCACGCAAUUACCCACAUUUAUGAAUGAUACGUUGCAAUUUGAAAUUCAGGCUGCUGGAUUUUUAUCUGCGCUGCCAUAUUUAGUCAUGGCGAUUACUCUACAAAUAGCCGGUGUACUUGUUGAUAGGCUAAGGAGGAAGAAUUAUUUUACGACGACGCAAGUGAGAAAAAUAUUCAAUUGUGGAGCAUUUCUAAGUCAAACAGUAUUCAUGAUUUCUGCUGCGUUUGCUGAAACUGCAUUUUUAACGAUAUUAUUUAUAACUUUGGCAGUUGGACUUGGAGCAUUUUCAUGGGCAGCAUUUAGUGUCAAUCAUUUAGACAUCGCUCCUCAACACGCUGGCGUUCUAAUGGGUAUUUCUAACACAUUUGCUACUUUCUCUGGUAUAAUUAGUCCAUCGGUAGCUGGUUACGUAGUUCAGCAUAAAAGUAAAGAUGAAUGGAGAAUAGUAUUCUGUAUAUCCGGUUUAAUUUACUUGUUCGGUGCCAUAUUCUACGCAAUAUUUGCCUCGGGUGAAGUACAACCUUGGGCUAUUGAAAAGAAAAAUGAAAACCAGCAAAAUAAUGAAAAAAAUAAAGAGAAGAUGGCCUACGAAAACCAUGGCAUGACUGAUAUUACAUUAGAUCGUUGAAAGUCUUUAUAUUUGUAGUCGUUAUUGUUACCUGAUAAUUAUUGAAAUAAAUUUUGUAAAUUUGAUGUAAA